AUGGGGUUAUGCCGAUCUCGUAUGGUUGAAAGACUUCAUUUCGAUGGGGAUAUUUCAUUCGAGGGCAUAUCACUCACAAGCUUCAAGAGCGCAUGCCGAAAGAUAGGAGUGUCAAGAUGGCCAUACGAUCGAUGGGAACCAGCAGACGACGACAGCUUGCGGAAGCACAGGAGGAAAAAGCGAGCAAGCAGGAAGAUCAAGGAGGAGGCGAACGCAAGUCCGAAGGAUGGAGACGAGGCUGAGCCCGUUGCUCUGCUUCCAUUCGACUCAGUCGCAGCAAAGACUCAAGGGGAGGAAACAGAGAUCGAAGACGGCUCGAGCACAGAUUGGUUGCAACAGAUUAACGAGAGUUCAAUAGAAGCAGAGCAGUGUGGCUUGAGCGCCGAGUCCUGCUUCUUUCAAGACGACCUUGUCUUCUAUCCCAUUUCCCAAGAAGACCGUGAUCAUCAAUGGAUGCGAUACUUCCUGCAGAGCUAG